AUGCAUAUACUGGUCGUCAAUGAUGACGGUCCGCCAUCGAGUCGACUCUCCCCUUACAUUCGACCAUUCGUCAAUGCCCUCCAAAAUGCGGGCCACCUCGUAUCCGUGGCCAUUCCCGCCGCAUCCCGAUCCUGGAUUGGCAAAGCACAUCUGAUCGAAGCUUCUCUCAAAGCCACCUACGUUCCGCCAGAUGCCUUCCAUGAUGACGCAACCUGGGACGAGUCCACCACAACCAAUCAAGAUCGAAACACUCCCAAGCCCGAGUGGGUGGUAAUCCACAAUGGCACUCCAGCCAGCUGCGUCCAGCUGGGAUUAUACAAUCUAUUCGCGGACCGCGAACCCAUCGAUCUGGUGAUUUCGGGUCCCAACCAUGGCCGUAACGCCUCAACCAUUUACAAUUUGUCCUCAGGAACGGUCGGCGGUGCUUUGGAGGCUGCCACGUGCGGCAAACGUGGCAUAGCCAUUUCAUUCGGAAGCAAAGAUCCACAGCACAUUGACACCAUCCACGCUGCGUCCAGACUAGCCGUGAAACUCGUCAAUCACUUAUACCGGAAUUGGGACGAGCGCGUCGAGCUGUACAAUCUGAACAUCCCUAUGCGCGCCGACGUCGAAACUAGACCUAUCCGAUAUACUCGUGCGCUGCCAUACUACUGGGCUCGAGGGUAUCUGUACGCCGAAGAGACGGUUGAUAAGGCAAACGGUGAUAUCCAGACGAGUCAGGCGGACAGCUGCCUUAUCACUGGCACUAAGCCGGCCAAUGUAGCGGGAGGCUCGCGUUUGAAGGAGCGUAAUUUCACCUGGGCAGCGAAAUUGUCCGAUAUGAAGAAGGCGCUGCAGGCGAGUGAGGAGGGAACGGAUGCGCAUACGGUGCUGAAUGGGAGUACUAGUGUUACGGCCCUCUGUGCGAAUUUCUGGCAUGUGCCCGGUUUGGAUGGGCCGCUGGAGCUGGAUAAUUGA